UAAUGCGUCUCCAGUGUUGAGUGUGGCGGAGUGAAAGAGCGGCUAUUUGCGGGCGGAGGCUGAAAGAAAUUUAAAUCCCCCCUCCGGGUUGCGGUCGACACGCAAAACGACAAAAAUUCUUGCCUUUCUCUCUUUUUUUUUCUUUCUUUCUUUUCUUUUUUUCUUUUGUUCUGUUCACCAGUUCUCCCGUAGUCAAUGUCCGAUCGGUAGGGCGUCGGCGCUGAAGUUUCCGAGGGGUUUAGGGCUCUCUCUGUGCGCCUGAAGGGGCCAUGGCGGCGGCGGCGGCGGCGGUUGUGGAAGCGCGGCCGGAGCUGGUGGGGAAGCGGUUCCUGUGCGUGAGCGGAGAGGCGCCGCCGGAGCUCGCGGAGAUCGCGCGCUGGCCGUGGCGUGCCGGGGUCAUCCGCGCCGUGAGCCACCGCGACACCGACAACCCCGAACUCACGGUAUACGUGGAGUUUGAUGACCUGGAGUGGGAGAAGCGCGAGUGGGUGAAGGUGUACGAGGACUUCCAGAUCUUUCUUCUGGAGCAGCAGCUCGUCUGGGCUAAGAGGAAAGAAGGCUCUCAGCUGCAGGGCACCCGGGCCAAACAGAUCCAGUGGCCUGCUCUGACAUUCAAGCCUCUGGUAGGAAAGAGCGUUCUGGGCUCCAUCACCGCUGUGGAAUUCUUCUCCGACAGACAGCUGGACUUCCUGACCGAUGACGGAGCAAGCCAGCCCUAUCAGGAUGAAGUGGACAGCUUGAGUCCUGUUCUCAGGGACAAUCCACAGCUUCAUGAAGAAGUGAAAGGCUGGGUAAAAGACCAAAAGGUGCAGGAAAUUUUUAUGCAAGGUCCCUAUUCUUUAAAUGGAUACCGCGUACGAGUUUACAGGCAAGACUCAGCCACCCAGUGGUUCACGGGCAUCAUUACUCAUCACGACCUCUUCAGCCGCACUAUGGUUGUGAUGAAUGACCAGGUACUAGAGCCUCAGAACGUCGAUCCCUCUAUGGUACAGAUGACCUUUCUGGACAAUGUGGUCCAUUCUUUGCUGAAAGGAGAAAAUAUAGGCAUCACAUCCAGAAGGAGAUCACGCUCUAGCCAGAAUAGCAACACUGCCCACCAGACCACAGGAGGGAGACCAAGUGGCAACACAGGAAGCACUCAGGGUCAUUACACACGUGCCCAGGCCAACAGUCCCAGACCGGUGAUGAACUCAUCAGGCUCCACCACCAAGCAGGGUCCGCAGACCCAGCAGCAACAGUCCCAGCAUGCUCAGCAGCAGGUAUCCCAGCAGCACCAGCAGCAGCUGCAGUCAUCACCAGGGCAACAGCGUGGGUCCCGGUCAUCACGUAGGAAGGGAUCAGACAGCAGCAUCCCCGAUGACGAGAAGAUCAAAGAGGAAAAGAUGGACUCUGGAGGUGGAAGAGGAGAUGUUUCUAGGAACAAAUCAAAACAGAUGGUGAGCAAGCGGAGGAAAGCUGAGGACGAGGAGAAGAAGGCUGGCCUUAAACGGAUAAAGAUGGAGGCAUCUGAUCUUUCAGAGAGCAGUGACUCUGAGAACUCCAAUAAGAGGCUCCUGGACUCAUCCUCAGAGCAAAGCUCUGAAAAUGAACUGAAAAGUAAGGGCAUUUCAAAAGCCGCCGAGGAAGAGGACAAGUCCCAGAGCUGCAAUGCUCUGGAGGAGUCAGAGGCCAACAGCAGGGUGUCUCCCUGGGAGGAGGUAUCUAAGGUGGAAAAGAUUGUCAAGCCGACAGCCAUGGAAGUGGUUCCCUCCGCCAAGACUGAACAAACAGGGGGGAGGAGGUCCCCGGUGCAGCCUUCCCCACUGCCCCCUCCCAGCCCCUGUGCACAGCCUCAGAGCUUGGGUCCUGCUGAGGUUCAGGGGUGCAUUGUGGAAAUAAAAAGCACUGUGAAAACUCUGCCCAAGGACCAUUAUAGCACAGGGGCACCUAGAACACACACACCAAAGUGUGUGAUUGACAUCACAGAGGACUCCGGCUCCCACCCCGCCACCAGAGAGAACUCAGAGGCUGUAUCUGCCCUUUUGGCCUCUCAGAAACGUGAAACCUAUGUCCCUGAAGCCAGACAUUUGGUGCUAAACCCUUCAGCCUCUGAAUGCAGGAAACCAGAGGGUGAGCUGCAGCAGCAGCGAGGUCAGAGUUUGGGUAGCAAGAUUGAGUUUGACCUCUCUGACGUGAUCCGACCUGUGGCUUCAGUAAGCGAGUCAGCCGCUGUGGCAGAAAGGGAAAGAGAAAAAGUACAGCAGCAGUACCCUUCAAUCAUGCCUUGCAUCAAGAACGCCUCACUCGCUGAAGACGUGCGAAAGCCACAGAAACUUAGCUCGUCACCAGACGUGGCCAAAUCCAAGUCCAACCCUUCACCUGAUACAUUUAAGCCCAAGUGCAAUCCCUCACCUGACGCCAUGAAGUCGAAAACCCACAGUGUCCUGGAGGCCAUGAAGCCUAAACCAAACACUUCCCCUGAAGUGACCAAACACAAAGGACGACACACCGACAACCCUCCAUCCUCUCUUGGCCGGUUGGCAGCCAAGCCAGACACAGAAACCCCACGCUCCAGCUUCAAGCCUGUUCCUGCUCGCACUACUCCCUCUGAGUCCACCAAGAGCCCUCUCAUCGUCGACAAAAACGAGCACUUCACAGUGUAUCGUGACCCGGCACUGGUGCGGCCAGAAGCCGAGACCAACCAUGUUACUUACCUUCCUCCCCACCUCCAUCCACUCCACAGCUCCUCCCACGCUACUUGCCUAACACCCAGUUCACACCACCACUCCCACCUAUUGCCCGCCUCUUCCCUCAGCCCACACCCCUCGGUGCACCACCCCUUGCUCCCCACCGUGUUGCCUGCCAUGCCACCGACCUCCCUUCUAGGUGGUCACUCUCGCCUUGACUCAAGUGGACUCAGUCAUCUGGCUCUAGCUCACCACCACCCACACCAGCAACAGCAGUUUCUGCAACAACAACCGCCCCCUCAGCUGCUGACCCAGACGCACGGUGGUGCCAGCUACAACCAGCUGGGCCUAUAUCCCAUCAUCUGGCAGUAUCAUAAUGGCACGCAGCACUCCUAUCCACCUGGACUUAGCCUGCCUGGAUCAAAGUGGGUGCAUCCAGAGAAUGCUGUGAAUUCAGACGGUAGCCUACCAAGGAACACCUCCAGCCCCUGGCUCCAUCAGCCCACCCCUGUGACCUCAGCAGACAGCCUCGGUAUUCUGAGUCAUGUCCCGGGUAGACCAGCCAGCGCUGACCCCCACAGGCCCCUUAAAAUCUCCUCACACUCCAGCCCUCCACUCUCAAAAACAUCUGCAGAUCUCCACAAAGGGGAACUGGAGAGUAAAGUUUUUGUGGAUCCCAUGCGUGGCCUGGUAACAGCCCACCUGAAGCAGGAGCCGGACCGAAGCCGGACACCCAACAGCAAAGAGUUGCAGCGCCUCUACAUGGAUUCAUCUCACAUGAAGCAGCAGACACAGCCUCCCCGCCUGCCGCUGGACACGUCAGACCGGACCGUUAAGUACAAGGAGGAGAACCGCCGCAUCCUACAGGAGAGCAUUGAGGUGGCCCCCUUUACUGCCAAGAUCCGGUCAGGAGAGCCAGAGCGUGAGCCCUAUGCCCGCAUUCCCUCCCUCCCCAUUAAUGGACCGCCCAAGGAGAAUGAACAUUCGCCGUCUGAUCUUUACAAGUACAAGCACUCUGCUAGUCAGUCACUGCCGCAGAGCAACUAUUUCACGACCCUGUCCAACAGCGUGGUGAAUGAGCCACCCCGUCUCUACCCCUCCAAAGAGCUCAACUCCCUUUCUCUCUCGAGUCCCCUGCCUCUGGGCACUUACACUAGUGCCGGAGGCAGCGCCAAGUCCCUGUCCAAGCCUCCCCCGCUUAUCAAGCACCAGCCAGAGGGUGAGGGCCUGGUGGGGAAGAUCAGCGAGCAGCUCAGUCAGCAGGUGGCCCUGAAUCCACUCACUACCCCAGCGGCAGCCAGCGAACGCCGCAGUCCAGCUAUUUCACCCUCAAACCAACUCAGGAGCAUGCCUGCCCUGCACAGGGCACCCGUCUUUCACCCGCCCACCCAGCAAACACUGGACCGCAAGGAGGCUGUCUACGGUCGCCUCUCGCCGCCCACGCUCACCCCCAUUCAGCCGGUCAGUGUGGCUGGGAAGGUAUCAGAGCAACAGAAGCCCCCCACUCUGCUGCCGGAGCUCAGGGAGGUGAAGAGCAAUGUAGAGCUGGGCUCCAGUGAGCCAUGGAGGGCCAGCUCUGACUCACAGAGCCACGAUAAAGUGGCUCAGUGGCACUCAGACAAAAGUCAAGGGAAGCCACAGGCAGCCACAGCCUCUGUUAUUGUUCGCUCUAGAACCUGCAUUAAGUAUGACUGCUCACCGGGCCCCAAGUCUGGCGCCAAGGAGACGUCUGGCAGUAGGCCACAUACAGGCAAAAACCAACUGGACUGCACCAAACUGGCUGAGACCAGAGAACCUGGCAGAGUUAUCCAGCAGAACACAAAUAGGGAGGAUAUUUUUUUGCAGUACAAAAAGAACUUUGUCCGAGUCUCCCAGGGCAGCUUUCCCAGCUCUGCGGUAGCCGUUGUUAACUCUGUGUGCAAUAGCAGUACUGAUGUAACCACUUCUGCCUCUGCUGCUUCCACAUACAAUGUGCUGAGUCGAGGCACAGCUGAGCUACAUUAUCCCACCUCAGCCACUCCAAGCAGCAGUAACAUUAACAGACUGGAAGGCCCUGUACCCAAAUGCAGGACUCCCACCGGCCCUGAGCUGCAGGAGUGCAACGCCAGGACAGCCUCCCCCAGUGGCCAGCUGCCUCAGCCUGGUUUGGCCCCAGUUGCACAGCCCUACUCUGGGAACUUCAUCCACCUGAAGAAGCACAAAGCCGCCCUGGCUGCCGCCCAGUCCCGCUGCUCAAGCAGUGCCUCAGAGAGUGAAAGCAGCAGUCGAUCCUCUCAGGAAUCACCCACCAUCACCACCCAGGAUCGUGCCUCGCCAGGCAACCCAGCCAGCAAAGCCAGCCCUCUACCCAAUGGUCAGCCAUCACAGAUGAACCAGCCCAACUACCACAAACUGAAGAAAGCAUGGCUCACUCGCCACUCGGAGGAAGAUCGCAACACUAACAAGGUGGAGAAGACGUCCAGUGCCGUCUCUGAGAUCAUUAAGCCAUGUACGGUCAACCUAGUAGCGUCCACCUCCAGCGACGUGGAGAUAGGCAAAGAUGGAAAAUGCUUAGAGGAUAAAAUGAGCCAGGAGGACAGGAAGCCGCGACGAGGUCCCUCCAAGCGGCCACACGAGUCAUGCUCGGACAGCGGCGAUGACUCAGAUGGCAGCGACAGCAAGCAUGAGCAGAGGGCAAAGAGGCAGCCUAAGCCCACCUACAAGAAGAAGCAGAAUGACAUGCAAAAGAAGAAAGGGGAAAAUGACAAGGACGAGGACGAUGUCAAGCCCAACGGCAUUUUCAGAAGCGCCAAGGAGAAAACCAAACUCAAACUGGCCAGCAGCAACGGCAUUCCUCGCUCAGUGCUGAAAGACUGGAGGAAAGUGAAGAAGCUGAAGCAGACAGGCGAGUCCUUCCUGCAGGACGAUUCAUGCUCGGAGAUCGGCCCCAACCUGCAGAAGUGCCGCGAGUGCCGCUCGAUCCGCACCAAGAAAGGAGAAGAGCCCACCCACUCACCCGUCUUCUGCCGCUUCUACUACUUCCGCCGCCUGUCAUACAGUAAGAACGGAGUUAUCCGGAUCGACGGCUUCUCAUCCCCUGACCAGCACGACGAGGAGGCCUUGAGUCUCUGGGCUCCGGAUGCAUACGAAGAGAACGAUCUGGACGUGGAAACCUCCAAAUAUAUUCUCAGCUACAUCGGAGACAAGUUCUGCCAGCUGGUCAUGAGCGAGAAGACUGCAGCCACAUGGAUAAAGAAAGAUGCCAAGAUAGCCUGGAAACGGGCGGUGAGGGGGGUGCGUGAGAGCUGCGACGCAUGCGAGGCCACAUUGUUCAACAUUCACUGGGUGUGCCAGAAAUGUGGAUUUGUGGUGUGCUUGGACUGCUACAAGGCGAAGGAGAAGAAGAACUCCAAAGACAAAGAACUGUACGCCUGGCUGAAGUGCGUCAAGGGACAGCCACACGAUCACAAGCACUUGAUGCCAACGCAGAUUAUUCCAGGAACAGUCUUGACGGACCUGGUAAAUGCCAUGCACAUGCUCAGGGAGAAGUUUGGCAUCAAAGCGCACUGCGCCUGUGCCAACAAGCAGAACAUCCUCAACAAGCUCCCAUGCACUAACGGCGUUUCUCAGGUGCUCCAGAACGUGCUGAACCACAGCAACAAGCUUUCCCUGUGCAAGCCUGAGGCUGGUCAGCACAACUUGGGACCGAAGGUGGAGGCGAACGGGGGCAGUAGCCCAGCCAGUGACACCAGCACUGAUAGCAAGCUCACACCACCAGAGUCUCAGUCACCACUGCACUUUCUGGCCGACUUGGCCGAGCAGAAAUCCCGGGAAGAGAAGAAAGAGAAUAAGGAGUCAGCUGUAGGGAAGGUGAAGGAAGAGAGCACAGACGCUCUGGAAACGUUGCACUGUAAAGCUUCAUCUCUGGUGGCCAACAGCACCGAGCAAGGCUCCACACUGCGAGACCUGCUCACCACCACGGCCGGAAAACUGCGCCUGGGCUCCACAGACGCCGGCAUCGCCUUCGCCCCGGUCUACUCCACCGCCUCGCAGACUGGGAAAAGUGGUCGCACUAUGCCUAACAUCCUGGAUGACAUCAUCGCUUCAGUGGUGGAGAAUAAGAUACCGGCGGACCGCAACACUAAGCAGAGCCCAAAGGCUAAACCCCAGGAAGAGGCCAGGGCUGAGAGGAGGAAACAAGCUGAGGACGUGCCUGAGCAGCAUGCAGACAUCCCCCACUGCUGGUUGUAUGAUCGUAGACUGCUCUGGCUCAAAGACCACCGCAACAGCAACAACUGGAAACUGUUCCGAGAGUGCUGGAAGCAGGGACAGCCUGUGCUCGUCUCAGGGGUUCACAGGAAGCUCAACGCCAGCCUGUGGAAGGCUGAAGCUUUCAGCCAGGAGUUCGCCGACCACCAGGGGGAUCUGCUGAACUGCAAGGACGGAGUGGUGUCCAACUCGGGCAUCAAAGAGUUCUGGGACGGCUUUGAGGACCUGACCAAACGGCCCAAAUCCAGAGAUGGCGAGGCGAUUGUGUACAGGCUAAAAGACUGGCCCUCAGGAGAAGAGUUUAUGGCUCUAAUGCCUUCUAGGUAUGAUGAUCUGAUGAAGAACCUCCCUCUGCCUGAGUAUUCAGACCCAGAGGGGAAUUUGAACUUGGCCUCCCAUCUCCCCUCAUUCUUUGUGCGACCCGACCUAGGCCCUCGUCUCUGUUGCGCAUACGGCGUGGCAUCAUCUCAGGAGCAGGACUUUGGCACAGCCAACCUGCACAUGGAAGUGUCCGACGUCGUCAGCGUGCUCGUUUACGUCGGAGUGGCCAAAGGGAACGGAGUCCUCUCCAAAACAGGAGUGCUGAAGAGGCUGGAGGAAGAGGAUCUAGAUGACAACGUGAAGAAGAGAUUAAAGGACUCGAGCGAGACUCCUGGAGCCUUAUGGCACGUCUAUGCGAGCAGAGACGUGGAGAAAGUUCAAGAAUUUCUGCACAAGAUCUCUAAAGAGCAGGGUGUGGAGAUCCCGCCAGAGCACGAUCCAGUCAGGGAGCCGGGCUGGUACCUUAGCCGCAAGCAGAGGCAGCGUCUGCUCGAGGAGCACGGCAUACAGGGCAGCACCAUCGUCCAGUUCCUGGGAGACUCGGUCCUUGUGCCUGCUGGAGCCCUGCACCAGGUGCAGAACCUGCACAGCUGCGUUCAGGUGAUCAAUGACUUUGUGUCGCCGGAGCACGUGGUGCACUCCUUCCACUUAACACAGGAGCUGCGCUCGUCCAAAGAGGAAAUCAACUACGAAGAUAAGCUACAGGUCAAGAACAUCUUUUACCACUGCGUAAAGGAUGCUGUGGGAACAUUAAAGCAGUGCAGUGCCGAGGCUCAGGAGGAAGAGGAGGUGAACUCAUGACCCUUCCUCACGCUGCUGUCAGCACGCCUUCAUCACUUAACCCCAAAUAUGCACACUAACCUUCGCGUCCUGAACCUCCAGUGCCAAGCAGACUUUAACAGAAGACAAAAAGACAAACAUUAUUUAUUUGUUACUGACACCACAGCAGUAUAGCCCAAACGCAUCAGGAUAACUGUGAUUUUACAGAAAAACUGAAGAUAAUCCGCAUAAGCAGCAGCAGCGCUGUUCAAACUUUAUUCAAAUUGUAUUUGUUUGUCUGUCGUUCAGUUCGUUCGUUCGUUUUUUUUUUUUCUUUCAUAUUGUAUAUUGUUUAUGUGAAAACGAUGUAUUUAUUUUUCGGAGGUCUAUGCUCUACGUUCUAGAUCAAGUGUAAAUGUGACUUGUACAGUUUGCUAAACGGAUCCUGACGCAGCUCACUACAUCGAGACAGGAACUGUGAGACGGGAUCCCAACACCAGCUGUUGCCUGUACUUUGGAAAUCGUUGCUGAAAUUGCAGUCUUCAUGCCAUAUCUUUUGAAAGAAAGUAAAAAAAAAAAAAAAAAAAUUAACUGCCAAACUAUUGUAAACAUUGUAAAGUUAUAUUAUGUAAAGAAAGCCUAAAUGAAUAACACACUUCAGCAUUUUAUUAAGAAGUAUUCACUGUAAAAUGGAGACAUUUACAAAAACAAAAAAAACUUGUAAUUUAUUUAAGAAAAAUUGUUGUUUCUUUUUCUCUUUUUUUUUGUUUUGUUAAGAUUUACUAUGGUGAAGUUUGAAGUUGAUGAUAAAAAAAGAAAGACUUACUAUGCUGUGUAAAUAUAUACAUAUAUACAUUCACUGAUGUAUUUUUUUAAAAAAAACACAGCUUGCUUCAAUUUCAAAUUUUAAAAGUGCAAGUGUUACAUGCUUUGUACAUUGAAGUUCAAAGGGUUUUACAUUUUCCAUUAAAAUGGAUUUAUCAGA